AUGGCAGACGGUUCAGACCUCGAGAACAGCAACAAAACCGAGCUGGAUAGAGGCCAGCCCAGCUCGAAUAGUGCCGGUGAUGGCUCCAAAGACCAAAAGAAAAAAAUUCCCGACGAUAUUCCUCCCGAAUAUGCGACUGGUGUCCGACUCAUGCUCAUCAUGUUCACGAUCUUUGUGAGCACCAUCCUCGUCUCCCUGGAGAUUGGUAUUAUCGCAACAGCAAUCCCCGGCAUCACCAAUGAUUUCCGCAAACUCGACGAUGUCGGCUGGUAUGGAAGUGCUACUUUCAUCCUCGCGGCCUCGGCCUCGCCGCUGUGGGGGAAACUAUUCAAAUACCUCGACGUGAAGUGGGUUUAUCUCAGCGCAGUCGGCAUCUUUUUGGUGGGCAGUAUUGUGGCCGCGGCAGCUCCGAAUAGCGUGUCUGUCAUCAUUGGACGUGCCAUUCAAGGUUGGGGAGCCUCUGGUGUCCUCGGGGGCACCCUCAUUGUCAUCAACUACGUCGCCCCGCCGAGAAACCAUCCGCUUCUUAUCGGCACUUGGAUGGCAGUCUUUAUGGUCUCGACCAUUCUGGGACCGGUGAUUGGCGGUGCAUUCACGAGCGGAGUUACUUGGAGAUGGUGUUUCUGGAUUAAUUUGCCCGUUGGUGGAUCCAUCAUCGUGCUGACACUAUUAUUCCUGCGCAUCCCCAAGCACAUUAAGAAAAUCCCAGCAACAUGGCAGGAGAUCAUCCUCGCACUGGAUCUUCCAGGAUUCUGCUUGCUACUUAUGUCUCUUGUCUGUUUGACACUGGCUUUGCAAUGGGGUGGGCAGACUAAAUCAUGGAAUGAUGGCUCGGUCAUCACGACUUUGGUUAUGUGGAUUGUCCUCAGCAUUGGCUUCUUGGUUACUGAAUGGUUCCAAGGCCACCGUGCCAUGGCUCCCUUCAGUAUUCUUAAACUGCGCAUGACAUGGAGUAAUGCCCUAUUCUGCCUCAUUUCCUAUGGCGCCCUCUACCAAGUCAUGUUCUACCUUCCCAUCUAUUUCCAAUCCAUCCACGGCCAAUCAGCCGUGACAAGCGGCGUGAACACCCUCCCAUUCCUCGCCUUCUUCGCCCUUGGCGCCGUUGUUAGCGGCGGCGUCAUCGGAAAAACCCGCUACACACAACCCUACGAGCUCCUCGGCGCCCUCAUCAUGACCGCCGGCAUGGCCCUGAUCUAUAUUCUGGAUGUUGGCUCCUCUAAAGCCAUGUACAUCGGUGCCGAGGUGCUUUUUGGAUUUGGCGUUGGUAUCUGCAACCAGAUCCCCAUGACGGCCGUGCAGGGCUUCUCGAAGCUUGAAGAUGUUUCCAGUGCGACUGGAAUCAUGGUUAUGUGUCAAACCCUUAGCGGAGCCUACUUCGUCGCCAUCGGACAAUCCCUCUUCGCCAACCGGAUGCUCCAGACCGUCCUCUACGGUGCAGCUCACCUCGAUCCCACCCUGGUCCUGGGCACCGGUGCCUCCGAACUUCAGGACGUGUUCAGCGGGGAUGAUCUUAAAGAGGUGAUAGCUGCGUAUAUGGUCGGUAUCAAGGAUGUGUUUGCAUUUUCGUUGGCGUGUGCGGCGUUUGCGGUCCUUUUGUCGCUGAUUAUUCCCUUUAAGAGGCUGCCGGAUCAUGGGAAGGAGGAUAAGCCGGCGACAGAGGAGGCUAUAGUGGAGGAGGAAAAGAAAAUGGAGGAGAUUGUCGAUGGGAAGAAGGAUCGAUCCUAG